GCCGCUGCCGCAGCGCGAUAAUGAACAGGAUACGGACGCGGGGCAGCCGCUCGGCCGUGGUGCGGACCUACGGCAAAUACGGCAGCCGGGCGGUGAAGGGCCACAAGUGGCUGAGCCCGGACAUGGGGCCCGAACAUCUCUUCUCGUCUUCGGACUCCGGCAACGCCCUGCCCUCGACCAGCACCGACACCAGCGGCGAGUCGGUCGCCAACGUCAGGAAAAGACGACGCAAAGGAACUGCUAUUUUGCAUAGUGCUUCAAAUGCCAAGGUGCAGAAAAGAAAUGAUGUAAAUCGAAGAAAUACUGAAAGCCAAAAGAAGAGUUAUCACCUUCGAAAGAGAGGAUCUUUGUGUUAUAAGGAUAAUGACUCCAUUUCCAGUGAAGGCGAAAGUCAAAAAGACUGUGUAUUUGUGGAAAAGAAAGAAAAAUGUUGUCCUGCUUCUAGAAGAGAACUAAUUCCAACAGCUGCACAAUCCAAGUUUGUCACUUAUCGACAGAAUCUGCGGCGCUAUAAGGUGACGUCACGUAAAAUUGGAAAUACCCCGCUUCGACUGAGAGGAAUGGGAUUCCUUGGUAGAUCUGUUGAAUCUUCAGAAUCAUCUAUUUGUUUUGAUAAGUCAAAUGAAUUUGGGAAUUCCUCCAACACUUCACACCAUUAUCUACGUCCUCGGUUGGUAGAGAAACUGGAUAGGGCACCACUACAGACCAGCACACCCUCGUGUACUCGGAGAGUGAAAAUUAAGGGGCGAUCAAGAUGUAUCAUUCCUCUCAGUGGUGAAAUUGAGGAGGAUUAUGUGUGGAAGAACAAUGUUGAGCCUUGUGCAAAAGAAAGUACUGACCACGCCAGUGUGGUGGAUAUCUGCUGCUCCCAGCAGUACAAUACAUCAUACAAGAAAUUUGUCUCCACAGAAUUUUCAGAUUGUUCAGAGGUUGUUGGAUUGUUGGAAAAUAAAUCAGAUGGAAUCAGUGGUUUUGAAACUGACCAUAAUCAUGUGGCUUCAGUCAAAAAGUUUGAACCUGCAGCUCCAGUAGCUUCUCAUCUCUUCAAAGUACAGAAGAAUGAUUGGCAACGAACUUCACAGAACUCUUAUAACAGUAAGGAAUUAUUUUCUGCUGACAUUGAGCCAUCUCAAAUAUCUAGCAUGGAUGGUUUAUUGCAAGAAACAAAUGAUCUAAAGGUACAUGUCAGACAUCCUUCAGCAAUGUCUGGAUUAUUUGACUCUACCUUAAAUCUUGACUCGGUAAUUAAAAAGGAUGGACAUAAAUGUGAAAACAGAGCUUCCAACUUGAACAUUCAGCCUGUGGUACGACUAGAUCGCUUUUCAGCACAAAAUUACUUGCAUAAAAGUAGGUCAUUGACUUUGGAAGAUGACUCCCCUAAGGUGAAUUCUUUCCAUGAUGCUGUUGGAAAUAAAGAAGAAAUUAUUAAUAAUUUGCAGCAAAAAUUCAUAGCCCCAAAGGGUUUCGUUAAAUCUUCUAUUGGGCUUGCUCAUAGGCCUAUGCUUCUCUGUCAUCUUGAACAACACCAGCACUUGCCACAGAAGGGCAGUUUGAUUAGAAAUGGCUUAAAAGCAUGUCCAUGUGAUGGUGCUUUGGAUGACUAUGAAUGCAAAUUUCAAUUGAAGGAUGAAGAAUGCAAGUAUACGAAUAAUAGGAGUUUAAAGUCAUCUCCACCUACAGUGGAUCUGAACGUGCAAGCGGACCAAUUAAGUGGGGAUUCCUUUGUUCCAAAUAAGGCAAGGAUAGGGCCUAUAAUUGACACAGACACCUUGGAACAUGUAAUUGCUCAACAAAACCUAAAAAUAUUUUUGAAGGAAAAUGGUUGCCAGAUGAAAACAAAUAAGCUAUCUGGCCAAACGAACAUCAAAAAUGCCUCAAAAAUACCGAGUAAGCAGAGCACCUGCACUCGAUCAAUAAUUCAUAAAAACAUAAAACCUAUUUCAGCAACAGUGAAAAGUACAGAAGAAUCCACUUCGGAUGUACUUGAGCAUUCACUUCCGCAAACAACAGAGAAAAAGAACUUGCAAUCAACAUUUAUGAACUCAUCAUCGGUUCUCACGCCCUUGAGCUCUCGUAAUUGGUCUAGAUUCAAGGCAGCUCAUUCACUCCACAAAAGAAAGAAAGUUAUUACGCCUUUGAAAUUGGACCAAAGCAUUCUUGACAAAAGUCCAUUACAAAAAAUAAAUAGCUGCGAUCAAAGCGAUUUGGUUGCACCGCAGGAUAGGUUGAUUUUGAUGGAAAAUGUAUCUGCAACACCAAUUUGCAAGAGCAUUCGAAGAUCCAAAUCAUUGAGAUGUUCCUUGAUGGAACAAUUUUCAUCUGAAUUAUUACAGUCAGUGAUGCUAACAGAUGAAGAGAAAAUAUACCAUGAAUGUCAUCAAAAUGGACCAAUUUCCUUUAACGAAUGCAUACCAUUAGCCAAACUCAGGAAGUGUAAAAAAAUUGGAGAGGGAGUCUUUGGGGAAGUGUUUCAGACAAUAAACAAUGAUGGAAAUGAUGUAGUCUUUAAGAUAGUCCCAAUUGAAGGAGAGAAAUAUGUGAAUGGAGAACCACAGAAGAAGUUUGAAGAGAUUCUUUCUGAAAUAAUGAUUUCCAAGAAACUGAGUCAGUUGCGUGAAGAAAGUGAAAAUUCCACCUUUGGAUUUAUUUGUCUACAUUCUGUGCACUGUGUCAAAGAUUCUUAUCCUGCAGAGCUUCUAAAAGCUUGGGACAAAUAUAAUCGAAUCAAGACUUCUGAAAAUGAUCGUCCAGAUGAAUUACAGAAUGAGCAACUUUACAUAAUUUUUGAAUUUGAUUAUGGUGGUUGUGAUCUAGAAAGUAUGGAAACAAAGAUACCUUCCCUUGAAGAAGCAAGAAGUAUAUUGCAUCAAGUAACUGCAUCCUUGGCUGUGGCUGAAAGCUCUUUGCAUUUUGAGCACAGAGACUUGCACUGGGGUAAUGUACUUGUCAAGAAAACUGGCAUCAAGCAAGUUGAAUACAGAUUGUGUGGGAAAACUUUCAAUAUUAACACACAUGGAUAUGUAGCUCAUAUUAUUGAUUUUACCCUAUCAAGAAUGGGAGAAGAUGUUGUGCACUUUUGUGAUCUUUCCUCGGAGGACGAUAUCUUCCAUGGUCAAGGAGAUUACCAGUUUGACAUAUACAGAAAAAUGAAGGAGGAAAACCUUAACAAUUGGGCAGACUACAAUCCACAUACAAAUGUGUUAUGGUUGCAUUACCUGGCUGACAAAUUGUUAAACAUGCGCUACAAGAAAAGAACCAAAAAAUCUCUCAAAAUGCUUAAAGAAGUCUUUGAAGAGUUCAUGAGGGACUCUUUGGAGUAUCCAGGUGCUGUAGAUUUACUACUGUCAGGUCAACUGUUUCAACAAAAUUAAAAGAUUUUGCCUUUAAAUGCAGAAAU